UAUAAACAAUUUCUCUUUUAAAAUAAUCUCCGGAAAAUUAUGGAGCGGCCGACUCCCAGCGCUCGUCCAAAGAGCCCAAGGAAGGCCAAGGCCAAAAGACAAAAUCAGCAGCCAAUGAAGGUUGUGUACAUAACAAACCCGAUCAGGUUCAACACGAGCGCGUCGGAGUUCAGAUCCCUCGUCCAAGAGCUCACCGGGAAAGACUCCGACAUCGCCGACAACUUAGCCAAGUACUCUGACGAUACAAGGGCAGCUACUGUGGCCGGUUGUGCUGCAGUUUCUUCGUCGAGUGGUGAUAACAGUGCUGGCCUGGAUCAUGGGCCGUUGAAGAUGUUCGAUGAGUCAUUUGACAAGUUCCCUUGGUUUGUUGAGGAUUGUGGGUUUGGAAAUGAAGAUGCUGCUGCUGCUGCUGCUAGGUAAUUAUAUGCUUGGAAUUGUUUGCAUAUUUCGUUUGCAUUGAGGAUUGGAUUUGGUUAUGUAUGUAUUGUCCAAGAUCUGAGAGAUAAGAGAACCAAAUAAAGAAAUUUGCAUUCUCUUUUUUAAAUCACGCAAUUUCUGUAGAGGCCCUUUUUUUUA